GGGCUAAGGCUUGCUUGCCCCAGGGCACCGGACACGAUUGGAGCCACCCGCGGCGCUCACCUAGCCUGCCUUUAGUCAGGCUCUGUGCUCAGCGCCCUUCCCUCUUCGUUCAGUGAACCCUUAACGGAGAGAUUCCCAGCUAAUGAGAGAAAGAAGCAAGAUUUGAAUAGAAAGGCUCUGGAAACAUGGGUGACUGGGGCUUCCUGGAGAAGCUGCUAGAUCAGGUCCAGGAGCACUCGACUGUGGUGGGCAAGAUCUGGCUGACCGUGCUCUUCAUCUUCCGCAUCCUCAUCCUGGGCCUGGCGGGCGAGUCAGUGUGGGGCGACGAGCAGUCCGAUUUUGAGUGUAACACAGCCCAGCCCGGCUGCACCAACGUCUGUUAUGACCAGGCUUUCCCCAUCUCCCACAUCCGCUACUGGGUGCUGCAGUUCCUCUUCGUCAGCACGCCCACCCUGAUCUACCUGGGCCACGUCAUUUACCUGUCUCGGCGGGAAGAGCGAUUGCGGCAGAAAGAGGGAGAGCUCCGGGCACUGCCCUCCAAGGACCCACAUGUAGAGCGGGCCCUGGCUGCCAUAGAGCAUCAGAUGGCCAAGAUCUCGGUGGCAGAGGACGGCCGUCUUCGGAUCCGUGGGGCGCUCAUGGGUACCUAUGUGGUCAGCGUGCUGUGCAAAAGCGUGCUGGAGGCAGGCUUCCUCUACGGGCAGUGGCGCCUCUACGGCUGGACCAUGGAGCCCGUGUACGUGUGCCAGCGCGCGCCCUGCCCCCACCUCGUGGACUGCUAUGUCUCUCGACCCACAGAGAAGACUAUCUUCAUCAUCUUCAUGCUCGUGGUGGGAGUCAUCUCCCUGGUGCUCAACCUGCUGGAGCUGGUGCACCUGCUGUGUCGGUGUGUCGGCCGGGAGAUAAAGGCACGGAAGGACCAUGACGCAUCCCCAGCCCAGGGCACUGCUUCAGACCCUUACCCGGAACAGGUGUUCUUCUACCUCCCCAUGGGCAAGGAACCCUCGUCCCCACCAUGUCCCACCUACAAUGGGCUCUCAUCCACUGAGCAAAACUGGGCCAACUUGACCACGGAGGAGCAGCUGACCUCCUCCAGGCCUCCCCCCUUCGAAAACCCAGCCCCUCAGGGUGGCCGGAAGCCCCCUAGUCGCCCCGGCAGUUCUGCAUCUAAGAAGCAGUAUGUGUAGGAAACUGGGGCUCGUAUCACUCGAGAGAGAGGUCCUGAGAAGUGUGUCUACCUUGGGUGCCUCUCGAGCAGCCCCUCCUCAAAGGCACUUUGGAGACAACUAGGCCAGAGAGGUAGACACUGCUGGGCAGAGGACCUGAUUACGGGUGGUUCUGGAAUACUCGGAGCCUUUGUGAUGAACCAAGGGACACUGUGGCUUUCUUUCCAGAACGUGAUUCUGCCCUGACGUGGUCAUACAGGUGGGGGUGCUCCUGGCUAAGGGUGCUAUGGGACCUCUGACCCUUUUCACCUAAUCCAGAGGGACCCAGAGCCAACUGGACUCAUUUGGGCCUCUUAGACCGCACCCUGGGUUUUCAUCACUCCCUGUCCUCCUGGAGAAAAGCUGAUGCAGGCUGCUGGCUCAGCUUCAUCACCUGGACAGACACGGCCUGCACUGGAUCUGGCCCUUUCCGGAGGGGAACUGGUUGGUGUCUUAUUUCUGUCGCUCCCCGCCCCACUGUUUAUGCUUCUAAAAUAAACAGGACUCGAUCAUC